AUGGACCAGGAUAUCAAAGCUAUUAAACCAUAUAUAUCGCAUUUGAAAAAGCAACUGGCUCUUUUAAAACCACAGAUUGAUAAACUUACCAAAAUUAAAUUAGAUGAAAGGUUAAUUUCAACAGGUUCCGAAAUGGAAAGACUCAAAUUAAUAAACACAUAUCUUUAUGUGCUGAAUUCCUUACUGUUUGCUCUUGCCAAACUUACUGGUGUUAAAGACGUUAGUAUGAUUAUGCAAGAAUUGAACCGUGUCAAAGAACAUAUAGAUGAGGAAAAGGCAAUAGAGUCAAAAUUACUCAAUAUACGAGUGAAAGAACAAUCUACAAAGGAUAAAGUUGAAUCAGAAAUUAACAAUAUACUCAACAAACCUUCCAUAAGUACCAAAAAUUUUGAGAAAAAGAAUACGCAUAUAAAAUUUGAAAAUAAAGAUACUAAGGUUUCUUCUGCAGCUAAGAAAAUAACAAAACCUAAGAGAAAAAAUGAUAGAAAACAGUAA